GCUUCCUGGAUAACCUUUAGCGAGUGUAGCGCCUGCUAUUCCUUGCUUGUAAAUAUUCAAAAAGUUUCGUUGCAAAAUUUGCCUUAAUUAUGGUGAUCAGUAGCUUUAUUGUGUGAGCAAAGGAUAUUAAUCACGUAAAGUUAUAGGUCACGUGAAGAAACCCGAAGAAACAGCAGUUGGUGCAGAUGAAGAGUGUUCAAUAAGUAGAGUGGAAAUAAGCUCUGUGUGGGUGAGUAGCUAUGCUCUCCAGACUUCAGGUAUGUGUUCGGCCAUGUGUGAGUGUGUGUCGCUGGGCUCACACAAAAGAGAAAGGCAAAGCACUGAUGCUCAACCCUCACACAAACAAGGGCAUGGCCUUUACUCUGAAAGAGAGGCAGAUUCUAGGACUCCAGGGUUUACUGCCUCCCAAGAUCGAGACUCAAGACAUCCAGGCCAUGCGUUUCCAGAGGAACCUGAGGAAGAUGUCUGACCCCCUGCAGAAAUACAUCUACCUGAUGGGGAUCCAGGAGCGUAAUGAGAAGCUGUUCUAUCGGGUUCUCAUGGAGGACAUUGACGCCCUGAUGCCCAUCGUUUAUACACCUACUGUGGGUCUUGCCUGCACACAGUAUGGACACAUCUUUCGCCGGCCUAAAGGUCUCUUUAUCUCCAUCAUGGACCAAGGCCACAUACACUCAGUCCUGGACAACUGGCCUGAAACUAAUGUGAAGGCAGUGGUGGUGACAGAUGGUGAGCGGAUCCUGGGUCUGGGUGACCUGGGUGUGUAUGGCAUGGGUAUUCCCGUGGGGAAACUCUGUCUGUAUACAGCCUGUGCUGGGAUCAGACCAGAGAGAUGCCUACCCGUCUGCAUUGAUGUUGGCACAGACAAUGAGACAUUGCUCAGAGACCCUUUCUACAUGGGUCUGUAUCAGAGGCGAGACCGCUCCCAGCGCUAUGAUGACCUGAUUGACGAGUUCAUGGAGGCUGUGGUGGAUAAAUAUGGCCAGGAUACGCUUAUCCAGUUUGAGGACUUUGGCAACCACAACGCUUUCCGCUUCCUCAAGAAGUACCGCGAGAAAUACUGCACCUUCAAUGAUGACAUACAAGGCACUGCUGCAGUAGCUCUGGCUGGUUUGCUAGCAACACGGCGUGUGGUGGGGAAACCAAUCACCGAACACAGAGUUCUGUUUCUGGGAGCAGGAGAGGCUGCUCUGGGUAUCGCUAACCUUAUCGUCAUGGCGAUGAUGGAGGAAGGAAUGUCUCAGGCAGAUGCAAGAAAAAAGAUCUGGAUGUUUGAUAAGUAUGGCCUGCUGGAACAGGGCAGACACCAGUCAACAGACAGUAAUCAGGAGGCCUUUGUGCACCCCAGUCCAGGUGAAGUCAAGAGUUUCUUGGAUGCUGUAAAUGUCAUCAAGCCCACAGCCAUUAUUGGAGUGGCGGGUGCAGGCCGUCUUUUUACGCAUGAUGUCAUCAAAGCAAUGGGCUGCUUGAAUGAGCGGCCAAUCAUCUUUGCUCUGAGUAAUCCCACAGCUAAAGCUGAAUGCACAGCAGAGGAUGCAUACAGCCUUACACAGGGUCGAUGUUUGUUUGCCAGUGGAAGUCCAUUUGGUCCUGUUACUCUGGAAGAUGGUAGUAUCCUCAUCCCUGGCCAAGGCAACAAUGCCUACAUAUUCCCAGGGGUGGCACUAGCUGUUAUACUCAGUGGUGUCAGACACAUCAGUGAUACAGUUUUCCUUGAAGCUGCCAAGACUCUUGCAGACCAGCUGACAGACGAGGAGCUGAGUCAGGGUAGGCUUUACCCACCACUCUCCAAAAUUAGAGAGGUUUCUUUACAAAUGGCGGUAAAGGUCGUAGAGUACUUGUAUGCAAAGGGGAUGGCGUUUCGGUACCCAGAGCCACUGGAUAAGGAUGCCUAUGUCCGCUCAAAAGUGUGGAACACCAACUAUGAGUCCUUCCUGCCGGAGAUCUAUGAUUGGCCUGGAGUCUCCCACAGUCCCCUAGUGGACUAAGUCCUCCUUCUUAGCCUAAUCCAUCAGUGGAACAGACUGUGUCCCCAGCCUGGUCUCGUUCCACUUAUAGUCCACGAUCUAAUCCAGCUAGAACAAGCAACACAGAGAGAACACUCCUCUUUGUUCAGUGAUUUUUUCUUUGUCGUGUGUGUCAUUUUGUAUUACGUUGUAAUGAAUUUUAGUAUUAUUUCGUUUAUUUUCUAUUAAUAGAGUGUUGAAUAGCGUUGUGAAUUCCCUCCUGAAGGUCGCACUCCAGAAGCCUGACUACAAUCGUGUAUUCAGUAGGUGCAGAGUUUGUAGGAGCCUCAAGAACUGUGUUCAUAAAUGCAUAGAGGUGUUGAAUACUCAAGUACAUGUAUAGUGUGCUGUGUCUGCAAUGCCAGAUGUGCGUUCCCAUGGUAAUGAGAAUGAGAGUAGAAGAAAAAGCGUAUUGUCUCAAAUACCAUUUUAUUUGUGUGUUGUUAUAGUGCUGCUUUAUGUAACAUCUUCAGGGUUUUUAGACAUGAGAUAUAUAGAAGGGGGUGCUUUGAGUUGAUCUGGGUUACUGGGUUACUCGCCUUCACUGUGACAAAGGCAGACAUCAUCACACAAAUACAUUCUGACACUCCCCGGUCAUAUGGCAUACAUUAACUAAGUCCAAAACAUGAUGUCUACUGUUUACAUCCUGUAAUGUUCACACUCCAAGAGUAUGUCUUGUGUACCAUUUAAUGCAUAACCAUGUGUUAAAAACCACUCUACCGUGCAAAGUGGAUGGUUUUGGUUUGUUCUUUGUGAUUAUUUAAAACAUUGACAGCUGUCAGUAAACCUGGGCAUUUUCUAUUGCUGAUUGUCAGUAAGAUGUGGUGUUUGAGAUUGUUACUAAAAGCACAUAUGACUAAGGAGGUGUAACCUGCAGACGAACCAUAAGCUAAGCAGCACCCGAGGCCGCUCGGUGCUGUUCGAUGAGCUUUUGAUUGAUUCUGUACUAGUAGAAGUUAUUAUUAUUAUUAUUAUGUUGCUAUACAAUGUUGCCUUCCCAAUUCCCCACGUGCGCUGAUCCAAGUGCAGAAUAAAAGGGUUUUUUUGCCAA